AUGGAGGAAAAUGUUGGUAUAUUGGAAGGCUACCAAGCCAAGGUGUAUCCUCAGGAGGUCGUGGACGGGACAUACUUCUACAAAGCCGCCCCAGUCCCUAGUUGCUGUAAAGUCAGAAUUUGUGGCAACUGCAAGCUUACUGCAAAUAAAGUCUUGAAGCUAGAGCAGUACCCGAUACCGACUCUGGAUGAUCUUCUUCAAACAGCAAAAGGAGGCCAGAAGUACAGCAAGCUAGACUUGUCCCAUGCCUAUCACCAAAUAGAACUUGAUCCGUCAGCACGGAAAUACACCACCAUCAACACACAUAGAGGACUAUUCCAAUACACAAGGUUACCGUUUGGAAUAGCUAGUGCUCCAGCCCUAUUCCAGAGGACAAUGGAAUCUCUAUUGGCAGACAUUCCAAUGUGCAGGCCGUACUUGGAUGACAUCAUCGUUACUGGCAAGAAUGACGAGGAGCACCUGGCCAGUUUAAAAGCUGUGUUGUCCAGAUUGGAAGAGAAUGGACUGCGUGUAAAGCAGGAAAAAUGCACAUUCCUGCAGCCCUCCAUCGAGUAUUUGGGACAUGGUCUAAACAAGGACGGAAAAAGUCCAUUGCUGAAGAAACUGGACGUCAUCAAGAAUGCAGAGAGACCUACAAACCAAACUCAGCUGCAAGCCUACCUAGGACUUCUAGGUUACUAA